UUAUUUGAUGUCGACUAAAGUGAAAAAUUGUUGGCGCGUUUGUAAAGCACCCGGCUUUUUCAUUUCAUUAUUUAAAUAAUUAAACGGAUUAAAUUUGUGUUAUUAUAAGUUGAGGCUUAAAAUAUGGCAAGUGAAAACAAAACGGUAACUGAAGACGCCGACAUGUCUGAAUGCGACGGAGAAAACGUUGUAACAAUGAUGGACGUCUUACAGGAUCAAGUUGAUUUCGAAGAGGACGCUAACGCUGUUUUAGGAGCCUCUGACGACAAUAACUGCACAUAUUCUAAGGGUUAUAUAAAAAGGCAAGCCAUAUAUGCAUGUUUAACAUGCUGCCCAGAAGCCAAAUCAGACCCGAGCAAGAGAGCUGGAGUUUGCCUUGCUUGUAGCUUGAUGUGCCAUGAAAGUCAUGAACUUGUAGAACUGUACACAAAACGUAACUUCAGAUGUGACUGUGGCAAUCCCAAAUUUAAUUCUCAUCCAUGCACCUUCACUCCGAACAAAGCUGACCUUAAUGAGGAGAAUUACUAUAACCAAAACUUCAGUGGACUGUACUGUAUUUGCCAAAGGCCAUAUCCUGACCCAGAGACCACUGAGGAAGAUGUUAUGAUCCAGUGCAUCGUUUGUGAAGAUUGGUUACAUGGGUCACAUCUAGAUGCAACAGUUCCUAAUAAUGAUCAAUACUCGGAAAUGAUUUGCAAAACUUGUAUGGAAAAGAAUGCAUUUCUACAUGACUAUAGUGAACUAGCUGUUAAUAUUGAAAAUGUUGAUUUAGAUGUGGUUAAUGGUGUUGACAAUAGUUCUAAAUUAAGCAAUGGUGACGCUAAAACAGAGUCUGAUAAUUCUUUGAAUGAAAGUGUGAGUAAAACUGAUGUUGAAAUGACAGAUGAAAAACUUGAAGCAAAUGUUAGUGCCACAGAACUAAGUUCAGAAAGCAAAGAUGGCAAUCUACCUCUCGAUUCUAAGAGUGGAAGUGAUAUUGAAGAAAAGAUUUCUUCUCAAGAUACAAACAAGGAGGAAUCAAUGGAAACUAACCAACUUAAACCAUUUGAUGCAGCUUCAGAAGAGAGCCCAGAAAGUGGUGUACAAAAGCAAUCUAUUGGAAAAGGCGAAGAAGGCGCAGUUACUGAUUCUGAAAUAAAAGAUGAUGCAAAUGAUGUACCCGAGGAGCCUGUCGUGAAUAAAACUGAAAAUAAUAGUGAUAAAAUUACUGAAGAAAAUAUUACUGAUCAGUCUGAAAAUAAAACAGAUGAAGAACAAACUAAGGAAGAAAUUGAUCAUCCCGUAGAUAAAUCAAGUGAAGAGAAUGCAACGAAAAUUGUAGAAGAUAGACUUUUAGCUGAUCCAGAAGAUGAUCCUACUGCCACUGAACAAGCAACAACAAGCAAUGAGACAAAUAAUUUAUCCAAUGACACAAAAGUUACAAAUAAUGAUUCAAACAUUACCAGUGACACAGUGUCACAUGAGAAGGAAGAACAAAAAUUGGAUACUAGUGCUGAUUCAGGUGUUGAUGAAAAAUUAAACACUUCUGAUGAGAAUGUUAAUUCAGAAGAAGCUCCUAGUAAAAGUGUAGAACAGAAUGCAAAUGAUGUUGGUACCAAUACUAAAGACACAUCAACAAACAAUGAUGUUAAUACUGAUGAUUCCAGUGAAAAUAAAAUUGAAUCUGAAAGUAUACCUGAUAAAAAUACGUCUGAGUGUGAUACUGCACAGAGUAGCGCAGAAAAGGUUUCCGAAAAGAGAAAACACGUAGAUGAAAACUCCGAUAACAUUGAUGCUAAAAAACAAAAACUCGAUAGUGGAGUAUGCGUCAGACCAAAAGGUGUGAAGAAAGUAUACAAAGGUGCGACAUUUUGGCCAUCAAACUUUCGGCAGACACUUUGCACUUGUCAAGAAUGCAUAUCAAUGUACAAAGACCUCUCAGUUCUAUUUUUAAUAGACCCAGAAGAUACAGUUAGUGCUUAUGAGAAUUUAGGUAAACAGAAUGUCACCGGGAGACCGACUCAAUAUGAAAGAGGAAUGCAGGCACUAUCGUCACUGGAUAGAAUCCAGCAAAUAAAUGCUCUUACCGAGUACAACAAAAUGAGGGACAAGCUAUUGGACUUCCUUAAGAGUUUUAAAGAUAAAAAAGAAAUUGUCAAAGAAGAAGAUAUCAAAGCAUUCUUUGCGGGGAUGAAACCCAAACGUAAACCAGACGGUGUCUACUUUUGCAGAUAAUUUCUUUGUGACAUUUUGUUAUUUACUUUUGACAUGUUUUUAUUUCUAUGUAGAAAAUAAGAUUCAUUAAUUUAA